AUGAAAACCAAAAGAACUAACCUUCAGAUUUCCACUGGAAAUCAAAAUUCAACCGUUCACACACCCUGGGAUCAAACUUAUGACAACUGUUACUUGGUGCUUAGUUUAACAAUCAUCUUCAGUAGGUUUAUACACUCGGGUUUUUUGUUUCGGAUUAUGGCUGCUUUCUGCUUGAGGGCAAAAUUUGAUUUUAGAGCUCUCUCAACUAUUAUUAGAAUUUUUCUUUUGUUGAUUGUGAGAGGAUCUCUUACCUACUCGGAUCAGAGUGAUGUUGACUGCCUCAGAGCAAUAAAAGGUUCUAUGGAAGACACAUUGAAUUACAUCAAUUCAUCAUGGAACUUUGAUAGCAGCACUAAGGAAGGUUUUAUUUGUAAGUUUAUUGGGAUCGAUUGUUGGCAUGAGGAUGAGAACAGGGUUUUGAAUAUUAAGCUGGGGGACAUGGGACUUAAGGGUGAGUUUCCUCUUGGUGUUGCUAAGUGUUCAUCCUUGACAGGCUUAGAUCUUUCUAAUAACAAGAUUUAUGGUAAUAUUCCAAACAAUAUCUCUAAAUUACUUGGAUAUGUGACAACCCUUGAUCUCUCGUCCAACCAGUUAUCUGGAGAGAUACCACCGAAUCUUGCAAAUUGCACUUAUUUGAACGUCCUUAGACUUGACAACAACCAGUUGAUGGGUCGAAUCCCUCCUCAGAUUGGUCAACUUGGUCGAAUAAAGACAUUUAGCGUGUCAAAUAACCGACUGUCGGGCCCAGUCCCCCAGUUUAAAAAUGUUACAAUUCUGGCCGACAGUUAUUCGAAUAAUGCAGGACUAUGUGACAGUCCGUUGCCUCCUUGUCAAGGUUCUUCAAAGAAAACUAAUAGUGCUGCCAUUGUUGGGGCAGCUGUUGGUGGAGUGACCGUUGCAGCUUUGGCUGUUGUCAUUGGCAUGUUCUUCUAUUCCCGUAAGGUGUCCAGAAAGAAGAAGGAAGAAGAUCCUUUGGGCAACAAAUGGACAAAGAGUAUCAAGGAUGCCAAAGGCAUCAAGCUUUCAAUGUUUGAGAAGUCGGUUUCUAAAAUGAAAUUGGGCGAUCUCAUGAAGGCGACCAAUGACUUCAGUAAAGAGAAUAUAAUUGGGUUAGGAAGAACAGGGACAAUGUACAAGGCAGUGCUUCAAGAUGGCACAUCCCUUAUGGUGAAGAGAUUGCAGGAUAUUCAACACUCAGAGAAUGAAUUUGCAUCUGAGAUGGCUACUCUAGGAAACGUAAAACACCGCAACUUGGUUCCGCUUUUAGGUUUUUGUAUAGCUAAGAAUGAAAGACUUUUAGUUUACAAGUACAUGCCAAAUGGUAGCCUCCACGAUAAGCUACAUCUUGUGAAAGACGGUAGCAAACAUAUGGACUGGCCUUUAAGGCUCAAAAUUGGUAUUCAGGCAGCGAAAGGAUUUGCAUGGCUCCACCACAGCUGUAAUCCACGUAUUAUUCACCGAAAUGUAAGUUCCAACUGCAUCUUACUAGAUGUGGACUAUGAACCCAAAAUAUCCGAUUUCGGCCUUGCUCGGCUCAUGAAUCCUAUUGACACUCAUUUGAGUACUUUUGUAAAUGGUGAAUUCGGGGACUUGGGCUAUGUUGCUCCGGAAUAUGCAAGAACUCUGCUCGCCACUCCUAAAGGGGACGUCUAUAGUUUUGGGGUUGUACUUCUCGAAUUAGUAACAGGUGAGAGGGCGACCUAUGUGGCUAAAGCCCCCGAAAGCUUCAGUGGAAAUCUAGUUGAGUGGAUUUCUGAGCUCUCUAGAUCCUCUAAACUUCAUGAUGCAAUUGAUAAGUCCUUGGUCGGGAAAGGUUACGAUGGUGAGCUUUUCCAGUUUCUUAAGGUUGCCUGUAGCUGUGUGCUGUCAGCUCCCAAAGAGAGGCCUACCAUGUUUGAAGUGUACCAGCUUUUGAAAGCUAUUGGACAACCGCAUAAUUUCACAACUGAAGAUGACAUCUUGUUGCUAUCUGAUGUAGGAGAUGCUGAUCAAUUAGUCGAACUUAUUGUCGCUCGUGAUGUAUAA